AUGUCAUCCCACUCAACCCCCCUCGAACCCCUCAAGCGCAUCCCAUCAAGGAUGGCUACACCCACAUCAGCCAAACGUCAACGCGUGUCCAUCACUCAAUACCACAAGUACAUGACACCCCACCCAUCCUCCGAUAUUGAUAUCGAGGACGGUCAGCCCAUCAAGUACACCGCUGUUCCCGUCCCAGCACCUAUUAGGGUCUUAUCAGGUGGACCAUUAACACCUUCCACAUCGACCGUAGCUUUCUCCUCAUCCCCCAACCGAAGACUCAUGAUGAGUUCUUCAUCUCCUACGAAACACUCUCAACGACAGCAAGUACCAGAAGCUAAAUUCGAUCAUGAGUUGGUAUUGGAAGAAGGAAUGACAUUGAUAUUCGGUAGACACCGACAUAAACAAUCUAACACCAAAUCCUCUUCUUCUUCCCUCUCAUCUACUAUCCCUUCGCACCUCCUUAACCUCUUCGAUCAUCCUGAAAGUGCAAGUAGAGUGAUUCAUCUAUCGAAAGAUGCAUCUCACGCUUCGAGGGUACAUGCCGCUAUCGAACUAGUGAAACAAAGCACCAUCAGGAUAAUAGUAAUUGGACAAAACGGUAUGAAAGUGAAGAUCACCAAGAAGAAGAGGGGUGUGAGAUUAUUACAGAAUCAGAAGUUCGAUUUGACAUUGUCUUCAACGCAGUCAGUGGAGUUGGAUUUCUUCGGAAGUAAAGUGUUGGUCAGAUUACAACCCCAAGAGAAAGAAGAAGAGAGGGAAAGGCUGUUUUCUUCCAGUCCAGUCAAAAGUCUGAGGAUGGACAUGGGAAUGACUAGCUCGAUGCCUCCUUCGAGUCCACCUAUGGUACCUAUGGAAAUGGAUGAUGACGAUGUACUUUCAGAGCCUGAAGAAGUCGUCUUACCUCGGCAACCUCACUCACUUGAAGCAGUCAUACAAGCACAGUCGCAGAAACUCCAAGAAGAUGAAGAAGACAGGCAGUCUAGACAAUCAUCUCCUCUUUCCCCACCUUCCGAACCUCGUCAUUCACCUUUACCCCAACUAGAAGACGAACCGAUAGCCGUCCCAGUGACAGAAGUAGAAGAAAAGCAAGUUAAAGCUGAACGGAUCGAAUCGAUCUCGCAUGCCAGUCAUGGUCAUGGUCAUGGUCAUGGCAGUAGAGCCAACACACCUGUAGUAACGCCACCUGUACCAAGUGAUUUAGAUUUACCUGCCAUUAUCGCUUCUACAGUGGUUUUCUCAGGUUCGAGUAAAUUGAGUUUGCCCGAUUUGGUCAAACACAUGUUAGAGUCCCAACCAAGUCUGAAAGAACAUGGUUCAGAGAAAAUCUGGUCCAGCUGGAUUCACGAUGCUUUAGAAGGGAAUAGGAUGUUUGGCAAAGUCGAGAGACACGGUAAAGAUGCAUCGGGUCAUCCGCUCUUACCGCAUUACUAUUAUGACCCAUCAUCCGAUCCUGAUACUUCCCGAGCCUCAGAAUUAGGUGCGUUGGUCAGACCACUCCGGACUGCUCAGAGGACUGGAGGGAAGACUAUUGAUUGGAGGCCUGUAGGAAGGGGUAGGAGGUCAUAG